AAAAUUUGAUUCUCAUUCGGUGGUUUGUGGGAACAGUGUGCCAUUUUUGCGACAAAAGCUCUACUUUUUGCUCGGAAGCAUUCGCUCAGAGCUUCCAGUCAAAGAAAUUUCAGAACGAUGUUGUUUCAGGUUGGAGGUCAAGGGACUCGUCCCACCUUCUUCGAAAUGGCCGCCGCUCAGCAGCUCCCUGCCAGCCUUCGUGCUGCUCUCACUUACUCCAUCGGCGUUUUAGCUCUAAGAAGACCAUUCUUUCAUAAGGUGUUAGACUAUGAAGAUGAGUUCUUUUCUUUGCUAAUGCUAGUUCUCGAAACACAUAGCUUACGAACUACAGAUGCUUCAUUUUCUGAAUCCCUAUAUGGCUUAAGAAGAAGAGCUGUAAAUGUAAAAGUAAAGAAGGAAGAUGCUCGUUCAGUCUCUGGUGAUGGUAUUCAACAUAGAGGAUUAGAAAAGCAUCAAAAAGUUCUUUCUGUUGCUUUCUUGGUUGUAUUGCCUUAUUUCAAGUCAAAGUUGCACUCAAUUUACAAUAAGGAAAGGGAGGCCAGGCUUCAAGCAAGUUUAUGGGGUGAUGAUAAUGAAGGGUUUAAUGAUGCUGAAAUUUAUGAUGUGAGAGGUGACUCUGUUGUUCCUACUAGAACUUUGGGAGUUGAAACAUCGGUAAGAGCACGAGUGAUGAAAAAAUUUCAGAAACUUGUUGGUUCUUGUUACCCAUGGCUUCAUGCAAGCAGUGAAGGUCUAUCGUUUGCUUAUCAGCUGUUAUAUUUGUUGGAUGCUACUGGUUUCUAUUCACUAGGACUGCAGGUCAUUGGAGUCCAUGUAUGCCGGGGUACAGGACAAGAGCUGAUGGACACAUCAUCUAGAAUUUCAAAGAUACGAAGCCAUGAGCGUGAGCGACUACGUGGCCCUCCUUGGUUGAAGGCAAUACAAGGAGGGCUCCUCACUUGUUUGUACACGAUGCUAGAUUAUGCACAGACCGGAUUAAUUGCAGCAGUAUUUUUCUUCAAAAUGAUGGAGUGGUGGUACCAAUCUGCUGAGGAACGAAUGUCUGCACCAACUGUAUACCCCCCACCACCUCCUCCUCCUCCCCCGAAGGUAGCCAAGGAAGGGAUUCCAUUGCCAUCCAACAGAACAAUUUGCCCUUUGUGCUCAGAGAAACGAGCCAAUCCGUCAGUUGUUACUGUUUCUGGCUUUGUCUUUUGUUACACUUGCAUCUUCAAGUAUAUUUCUCAGAAUGCACCUAAUGGUUGUAAUCUUGUGUUAUGUUUGCAUUGGACCAGUACAAGCGCUGCCCAAUCACAUUAAUGCCUGCAAAUGUUGAUCACAUUAGGAGGCUCUUCCAUGAUAUGUGAAGAAAGUUGAGGGACACAAUAAUACAAGGUUUAAUGGCUGCCAUCUUCUCAAGGAUUUAUUGGACUUGUUGGCAAAUCUGCAAAAACUUUACAAUUGUUCAUUUUGUAGUUUAUAAUAGUUCUUGAUGGUUGAAACUAUAUCUAUGGAGUAUAGGAUAUGAAAUUACUAGUUAUAGUUCUUAGUAAUAUGGUGUUUAGGAUCAUAACAAGGUUUCAAUUUUUUAGAAAUAUCAAUAAAUAUAUCAGAUGUUCUAAAAAAAUUAUGAAAACCAAGAUGCAUUUGUAAAUUAUUUUGAUCAACGACGAUGUUACACAGUUUAGUAGUUUAGUCAGUUUUAAUCUUAGGUUUGUUAUCAAUAUUUAAA